AUGCCUCUGUCACCACUGACCACGUUACUGGCUACUGCUGCCAGCACCCCCUUGCUUUUCUCCACGGGGGUCACGGCGGAGAACGCCACGUCCAGAGCUCAAAUCGCAAUGGACGUGCUGCAAACGUGGUAUAACGGCACCAGCGGGAUCUGGGAUACUUGCGGAUGGUGGAACGGGGCGAACUGCCUCACGACGCUGGCCGACUUCGCGCUGGCGGAUGAGUCGGUGAACGACGCGGUGGUGGGCGUGCUUGGGACCACAUUCCAGGUCGCGACGAUCUCGAACCCUAUUCCCGAGCGCAGCGGCAACGAAUUCUACAACAUUACCAACGAGAAGCAGGCUGGGUCACCAAAUGCCUAUCAGUGGAUGGAUGGUUCUUAUGACGACGACUCGUGGUGGGCGCUUGCGUGGAUCGCAGCGUAUGAUGUCACGGACGAUGAUGAAUACUUGGACUUGGCGAUUGGCAUCUUUGACAGACUGGUAUGUUUGACUUUCUCCCCUUGCAUUUUCCCCGGACUGUCCUGGCGGUGA